AUGGUCGUCGUCAACGACGUCGAGUACCUCUGCGACGAGGAGAGGAGGCUGAAGGAAGAUCGUGAGCGCAAGCGAUACUGGAAGAAAUGGGGUCCCUACGUCGCCGAGCGACAAUGGGCGACUGUGCGAGAGGAUUAUUCGGAAAACGGCGAUGCUUGGAGUCAUUUCUCUCAUGAUCACUCCCGCUCAAGAGCCUACCGCUGGGGUGAGGACGGUAUAGCUGGUGUUUGCGACACGCACGGUCAACUCAACAUUGCAUUCUCAUUCUGGAAUGAAAAAGAUGACUUUCUAAAGGAGAGAUUGUUCGGUCUCUCUAACCCCCAGGGAAACCAUGGUGAGAGUAUCAAGGAAUGCCAUUUCCAUCUCGACAAUACACCUUCGCACUCCUACAUGAAAUAUCUGUACAAAUACCCCCAGAAAAAGUUCCCCUACCAAGACUUGAUUGACGAGAAUGCGCGCCGCGGACGACAAGACCAUGAGUAUCAGCUUCUCGACACCGGCGUCUUCAACGAAAGCAAGUAUUGGGACAUCUUCAUCGAGACCGGAAAGGAAGAAGAUGACGAAGAGGAAAUCUCCUUCCGAGUGAUUGCAUACAACAGAGGUCCUGAGCCGGCACCUCUGCACAUCGUUCCUCAAGUCUGGUACCGAAACACCUGGACCUGGGGUUGGGAAGACAAGUCAAAGAAGCCCAUUAUCAAACAGGAAAGCCCUCUCAAGGUCAAGACUUCGCAUCACGCUUUGGGCGAUCGUUACGUCACAUUGUCUCCGUCCCCGUCGUUCAAUGGAAGCGAGGAAGAUAUUCAACCCCGCAUGCUCUUUACUGAAAAUGACACCAACAAUGAAGCGUUGUAUGGAACGAAGAAUGACCAACCAUACGUCAAGGAUGCUUUCCACCGAUACAUUGUUGACGAAGAAAAGGAUGCUGUCAACCCAGACAACGAGGGUACCAAGUUCGCAGCCUGGUACGCUUUUGACGAAGGCGAUGGUGUUCCCCCUGGCGAGUGCGCCGUUGUGCGAUUCCGAUUCUCCAGGAAGAAUGAGGAGUAUGUCAAUGAAGAGGAGCUUGACAACGUGAUUGAGCAGCGAAGAUCGGAAGCCGAUGACUUCUACUACCGCAUCAACCCUCUUCCUAUGGCGGAAGAUCUCCGAAACAUCCAGCGACAGGCUCUGUCUGGCAUGCUGUGGACGAAACAGUACUAUCACUUUAUCUGGGAUCAAUGGGCUAAUGGUGACCCUGCCAUGAUUCCCCCUCCACCUGGCCGAAAGAACGUUCGCAAUCAGCAAUGGAGACAUAUGUACCUGGAUGAUAUCCUGUCCAUGCCGGAUUCUUGGGAAUACCCUUUCUUUGCUGCAUGGGAUACCGCAUUUCACUGCAUUCCCUUGGCCAUGGUCGACCCUGAUUUCGCAAAGAAGCAGCUUGACCUGCUUACGAGAGAAUGGUACAUGCAUCCUAAUGGUCAACUUCCAGCUUACGAGUGGAACUUUGGCGAUGUCAAUCCGCCAGUGCAUGCCUGGGCAGUUUUCAGAACGUUCAAAAUUGAACGCAAAAUGUACGGCCGACAGGAUCUGGAUUUUUUGGAGCGUGUGUUCCAGAAGCUCUUGUUGAACUUUACCUGGUGGGUGAACCGCAAGGAUGCCGACGGAAAGAAUGUCUUUGAGGGUGGUUUCUUGGGUCUUGACAAUAUCGGUUUAUUCAACCGUUCUGAGCCAUUGCCUACUGGAGGUGUCUUGGAGCAGGCGGAUAGUACUGGCUGGAUGGCUUUUUACUGUCUCAGCAUGUUGAACAUUGCUCUUGAGCUUGCGAAACACCGUCGUACCUAUGAAGACAUUGCGUCGAAAUUCUUCGAACACUUUAUUCUCAUCUCCGAUGCCAUGUCAUUCAAGAACAAGGAUGGAGAGACUUCUCUGUGGAAUGAGGAAGACAGUUUCUACUACGAUUCUAUCUCAUACGGAGGGCCCUGGUCGCAACAACUCCCAGUUCGAUCGUUGGUCGGUCUCAUUCCGUUAUAUGCGGCCUCUACACUCGAGCCUGAGAUUAUCAACAUGUUCCCAUCGUUCAAACGACGCCUCAACUGGUUCAUCGAGAACAAAAAUGACGUUGCAGAGCGCAACAUUGCCAGCAUGAGCAAUCGCGGUAAAGAUGACCGUUUGCUUCUUGCUCUUGUCAGCAAGGACCGUCUUGAGAAGAUUCUCAAACGCAUGCUUGACGAGACAGAAUUCCUGUCGGACCAUGGUAUCCGCUCGUUGUCCAAGUACCAUGAGAAGAACCCCUUCUCGAUGGAUGUCAAUGGCCAGAAGUUCACGGUUGGAUACGUUCCCGGUGAUUCUGACAGCGGACUGUUUGGUGGUAACAGCAAUUGGCGUGGCCCGAUCUGGAUCUGUGUCAAUUUCUUGCUGAUUGAAUCUCUUUUACGAUUCUACAUGUUCUACGGUGACUCGUUCAAGGUUGAAUGUCCUACUGGCUCUGGUGACUACAUGCAUCUGGGUCAUGUUGCUGAAGAGCUCCAGCACCGACUACAGCACUUGUAUGUCCGGGAUUACGAUGGACGCCGGGCCAUCAACAAUGGCAACGACUUGCUCGACUUUGAUGAGCACUGGAGAGAUUAUCUCUGGUUCUAUGAGUUCUUUGACGCCGAUACUGGUCGCGGUCUCGGUGCAUCUCACCAGUGUGGAUGGACCGGCUUGCUCGCCAAAGUCAUCCACGACACUGGAUUGAACUGCCGUCUCCCGCAAACCCCUCGCACACCCACUACUGCAGCAGCGCACUACUUUGACGACGUCUUCAGCCAUCCUGGGCGACCACCCAAGGGUGGCCGCAGACCCAGCCGUCUGCUCCGCCGUUCAUCAACCAGUCGCUCAAUUGGCAACCGCAGCGACUUUACAGCCAGCAUUAACGGAGCCGGGGAUGAGGAGAAUGAGGAUGCCACGUCUACCAAUGGCGCGGAUGAUCACAUGCAGGAGAACUUUACUACAUACAUUGCAGACCAGCUCAAUCGUGUUCGCAGCAGCGCGACGCUGGGGACUUAUGAGGAUGAGUUUACGACGGAGGUUGAUCGUAAUGGUACCAAUGGGACGAAUGGACAUUAA